AGUCCCGCGGCCAUGAUGCCCGUAGCAACAAUCAAGGCCGACAGCGUGCCCCUGUAUGACCCCCGCCUGCUUCAUGAGUUGGACUGGAGCCAGAGCAUCGUGACCUUCUGUCCCCCCAUUUCUCCGGCAGACCCCGGCGAGGGUUUAGUUUUGAGACCUCUCUGCAUUGGUGACAUCAACAGAGGCUUUUUAAAAGUCCUGGGUCAGCUGACGGAAACUGGAGCUGUCAGCCCGGAGCAAUUCACCAAAACCUUUGAACACAUGAAGCGUUCCGGAGACUACUAUGUGACGGUGGUGGAAGAUACAACUGUAGGCCAGAUUGUGGCUACUGCAACUUUAGUUAUAGAACAUAAAUUCACUCAUUCGUGUGCAAAGAGGGGAAGAAUAGAAGAUGUUGUCGUAAGUGGGGAGUGUCGAGGAAAGCAGCUUGGGAAACUAUUGACAUCCACUCUUACAUUGCUAAGCAAGAGGCUGAAUUGUUACAAAAUCACGCUGGAGUGCCUGCCAAAAAAUGUCGCUUUUUAUCAAAAAUUUGGAUAUUCAGUUUCUGAAGAAAACUACAUGUAUCAGAGGUUCUUCAACUGAAGAGCUGCCGGCUGUAAUCUCUUGCG